UGGUGCAGGGCGACUUGGUGAGGGAGUAGGGGAAGGACUCGAGGCUGUGGAUGAAGAGGCGAGACCUGUGAGCCAGCACUUUCACUCCCACUGACGUGGCUUGCCACUCAUCCGCCCUACCCCUUCACUGAUGAAAAAAGACACUGUCGGGAAGCCCACCAUCACCCAGCUCCCCACUCCUGGGGGCCACAGAACAGGAAAUUCAGAAUCCACUCCUCUUAUCAAAUCACUGGCUACACACUGCCCUCCCCCUCCUAGAACGGGGCAAUCUGCAGAUGCAGAGGACAGGACGGUCAGGGUGAAGCUCCAGGAGGGUGAUGGGCGCUGGCUGCGGUCCAGAUCACUCACCUAUCUCCCUGUCAAAGUAAUUCCACCUCAAGCUUUCAGGGGACUUAAUGAGGUCAUGAAAAUUGAAAUCUCUCAGAGUGAUUCCCUGGAAAGGAUAGAAGCUAAUGCCUUUGACAGCCUCCUCAAUUUGUCUGAAAUACUGAUCCAGAACACCAAAAACCUGGUGUACAUUGGGCCUGGUGCAUUUACACAUCUCCCCCGGCUAAAAUACCUGAGCAUCUGUAACACAGGCAUCCAAACAUUUCCAGAUGUUACGAAGAUCUUCUCAUCUGAAUUUAAUUUCAUUCUGGAAAUUUGUGAUAACUUGUACAUAACCACCAUACCAGGAAAUGCUUUUCAAGGGAUGAAUAACGAAUCCAUCACACUCAAACUAUAUGGAAAUGGAUUUAAAGAAGUACAAAGUCACGCAUUCAAUGGGACGACGCUAAUUUCACUGGAGCUAAAAGAAAACGUACACCUGGAGAAGAUGCACAACGAAGCCUUCUGGGGGGCCAGUGGCCCCAGCGUCUUGGAUAUUUCUUCCACCAAAUUGCAGGCCCUGCCGAGCUAUGGACUGGAGUCCAUUCAGACGCUAAUUGCCACAUCAUCCUAUUCUCUAAAAAAAUUGCCAUCAAGAGAAAAAUUUACCAAUCUCCUGGAUGCCACACUGACUUACCCUAGCCACUGCUGUGCUUUUAGGAACUUGCCAACAAAAGAGCAGAAUUUUUCAUUUUCUAUUUUUGAAAACUUUUCCAAACAAUGUGAAAGCACAGCAAGAAAACCAAAUAAUGAAACACUUUAUUCUGCCAUCUUUGCUGAAAGUGAACUGAGUGGCUGGGACUAUGAUUAUGGUUUCUGCUCACCCAAGACACUGCGAUGUGCUCCUGAGCCAGAUGCUUUUAAUCCCUGUGAAGAUAUUAUGGGCUAUGACUUCCUUAGGGUCCUGAUUUGGCUGAUUAAUAUUUUAGCCAUCAUGGGAAACCUGACUGUCCUCUUAGUUCUCCUGACCAGUCAUUACAAACUGACGGUCCCCCGUUUCCUUAUGUGCAAUCUCUCCUUUGCAGACUUCUGCAUGGGACUCUAUCUGUUGCUCAUUGCCUCAGUCGAUUCCCAAACAAGGGGCCAGUACUACAACUAUGCCAUAGAUUGGCAGACAGGUAGUGGGUGUAGUGCUGCUGGUUUUUUCACUGUAUUUGCAAGUGAGCUUUCUGUCUACACCCUUACAGUCAUCACUCUAGAAAGAUGGCACACCAUCACCUACGCUGUUCAGCUGGACCAAAAGCUGCGAUUGAGACAUGCCAUUCCAAUUAUGCUUGGAGGAUGGCUCUUUUCUACUCUCAUUGCUGUAUUGCCCCUGGUGGGUGUCAGCAACUACAUUAAGGUCAGCAUUUGCCUUCCUAUGGAUGUGGAAACCACCCUCUCACAGGUGUAUGUAUUAACCAUUCUGAUAUUCAAUGUGGUAGCCUUCAUCAUCAUUUGUGCUUGCUACAUUAAAAUUUACUUUGCAGUUCAAAAUCCAGAGCUGAUGGCUACCAACAAAGAUACCAAGAUUGCUAAGAAAAUGGCAAUCCUCAUCUUCACUGACUUCACCUGCAUGGCACCCAUCUCUUUUUUUGCCAUCUCAGCUGCCUUCAAAGUGCCUCUUAUCACAGUAACCAACUCUAAAGUUUUAUUGGUUCUCUUUUAUCCCAUCAAUUCUUGUGCCAAUCCAUUUCUAUAUGCAAUUUUCACAAAAGCAUUCCAAAGGGAUUUCUUUCUAUUGCUGAGCAAAUUUGGCUGCUGUAAACAUCGGGCUGAACUUUAUAGAAGGAAAGAAUUUUCUGCUUACAACUCCAAGUGCAAAAAUGGCUACACUGGAUCAAAUAAGGCUUCUCAGUCCACCCUGAAGUUAUCCACAUUGCACUGUCAAUAUUCAGCAGUCCUAGACAAGACUUGCUACAAAAUGUAUUAACUAUUACAUCAGUAACUGCAUUAUUGAAUUAUAUGUUAAAACAUUACCUGUAGUAGUAACUAAUAUAAAGAGUUGGUUUUAAUUAAGAGUUAAUUAAGAGUUGGUUUAAUUAUUUAUUUUUAGGUAUACUGAGUAAGAGACUUUACCUCAUUCAAAGUGUGGUCCAAGACCAUUGCCCAUCUGAGAACUAUUUUUAAUUUGUACAUGGUGACAUAAAAUUUGGAAGUUGACAGUGUUUAGAAAUUUGUUUCCUGAAUCUAAUAAAGGGAAAAUUGACAAACAUGGUGACACCUGCCUGUAAUUCCAGUUACUCAGGAAGCUGAGGCAGAUAUCCCAAGUUUAAGGCCAGUUUGGAAAACUUAGGGAGACUCUGUUUCAAAACAAAACAAAUUAAAAAGACUGGUGAUGAAGCUGUGGCAGAACACUGAAGGGAGGGAGGGGGGAGAAAGGUGGUAUUCUACAUAACUUCAACUUUUUUCAUUUGAUUUUUAUUGCAUUCUACAAAAAUAUUAGUUUAUAGCAGAUUGGAAAUUUAAAGUAACUGGUCUUUUUCCUCAGUUUGGUAAAUACACUAAAGAAAUGCACUGUAUAGUAUGGUAGCCACUAGCCAUGUGUGUCUAAAUUAAGGUGAAAUAAAAUGAAAAAUGUCAUUUCUUAGUUGCACCAGCCAUAUUUCAAUGUGUAAUUUACUGGCAGGGGUGACAGUAAUUACCACACUAGAGAACUCAGGUACAAAAUGUUUUCAGCAUAGCAGAGAGUUCUUUUGAAUAGCACUAUUCUAGAGAUUUCCAUCUAUCUCAUGUCUAGAUUCUACUUAUUUGAAACGUAGCCUAGGGUAAACAUCUCACAUACAUUUCAGCCUAUCAACGUGGUCUGGUGUUUCUCCUCCAAAGAACAAGGGAACAUUAUACUGUAGACUGCAAAUUUUUCUGAGUAGGAAUCCUAUCUCUGCCCAUUUUGUUUCCUGAUCGCCUACUGCAAGGUCUUGGUAAUACAACACAACAAAUCUGCUGAAUUGCUCUUAGAAAAUUUAUAAGGAAAAGUAAUUUUGUAGGACAUUAUAUUUUAAAUGAAAGAAAAUAUCUAAAAAUUUAAAAAUAAUUAACUUUCAGCAUUUCUAUUCCUUGCAAGUUACUAAAACUAUAUUUUAAAUUUGUUAUGAAGUAUUUUUAUUAGAAUUAGCUUUUUCAGGACACCAAACUAAG